AAGUUUAUGUGAGACUUUUAACAGUUUUAGUAAUUUAUACUCGUUUUGAAAAAUUCAAAAUACAACAUACACAAUAAAAUCUAAAUUUUUAUUAUAUGAUUAAUGUAAUUAUGUAAUUUAUUUUAAUAAUAAAUAAUUAAACAAAAAUGAUAGAAAGUAUACAGAUUGUUAGCAAAUCUUUAUUAUUUAAAAUCAUUAAUUGCAUAUAUAUCUUAAUCACAUUAGAUAAUUCUGUAUGUUUUACUUAAAGAAAGAAUUCAAUUUGAUAAAUGAAUGGUUCAUAAUGGACAUACUAUAUAAUAUAACAUUUUAUUCCCUAGCAAUUUAAUUUUGGACUACCAAAACUCUCAAUUGAUUUUCAAGCCGUCACGUAAGCAAAAUUAGUAUUCUAAUUACGUGACAGCUCAACAUGAAAUUUUUUUAAUUAAUACAAACUACACGUUAUAACUUUUUAAAUGUUUCUCUGUUAAUAUAUAGGGGAUUAUGGUUAUUAUUUUAUUACAUAGAUGCAUAUUUGGCCGGUUACAGAGAACUCUAUGAGGUAAAUUACUAGUAUUUUUUUUGGAGGGCGUAUUAAAUUAGUAAUAUGUAUGACUUAAGUUUUUUUUUUUUUUUGAACAUAAACUGACUUUCAUUCAAUAUUGAUCUUCUUCAAUACAAGGGCAAAAGGAAAUUAUCCAUCCUUUUUGGCAAUAAGCAUAAACUACAACAUAUAAAUAAGCUAAACAAAGUAGGUCUUCAGAAGAAGAUGACAGCGAAUUCGAGACAAUGCUCGAAUGCGUUGGUAAAACCUUCAGGAUAAUGUCAGAGAGCUGGAGAAUAGAAAGAGAUGAUAGAAAGAUAAUUGGUGGUCAAACACCAUAAAAAAUUACAAUAUUGAUAGAAAGAGAAAAAAAACCCGUAGGUAUGCCGUGUAUUUUGUUAGUAAGCUACUCUAGUUUUGGCAUGCAUCAUGCAUGCACAACAACUACAUUGCACCAUGAUUUUAUAUAUUACCAAGAAAUGUACUUUAGUCACCUACUUAUAAAAUACAUGCAAAUGGAGGGUCAAGAAUAGAAUAAGAUAAGAAGUCACGUGAGUGAAGAGAGACGACAAGGAAAUGUGAAAUUACAAAGUCGAACACUUAGUGUCUUGGGGUGAUCGAUAGUUUUGGUGUUCCAAGAAGCAAAUUGUCAAGGUCUGUGUGUGUGAGAGAGAGAGAAGCAUAUUUUGGGAAAGCGGUGUGGUCGUCUCAGUUGAACCAAGAAAACAUCAAUCUCAAGACCGAUCCGAUUCUCUUUGUUCCCCCUCUCUCUCUCUGGGUCUCUUGGUGUUGUUUAAAUCUUUAUAUUCAUCAUACUCUCUCCAGUUACACGUAUUUUUGUCCGUUCAUGUUUGGCGGCACACGUCCUCCAACAAGAUUUUUUGUUUUUAAAUCUUAAAACCAAAAUUGAUGAUUAUUUUUUGCUUUGUUUACGUACUACAAACUUAGUUGACAGGCAAUUUUAAAUUAAAAAGACUAGAUGACACCGCAUUUAUGUUAAAAGGUCCACACGGUAAAUAAGAUGUAUGUAUCUAAUAUCUUAGAUAUCAUACUAAGCAUAAGAAUUAAGUUUAUACAGUGAAUCUUCUUCUUUGAAAAUUUUAUAUAUUGAAUCUUCUUCUUUAAAAACAAAAAAUAAUGAUGAUUUUUUUGCAGUCAAUGAAAAUGUUGACUGUUAAUUUUAAAAGAUCGAUAUAUAACUUAAUAUGUUAUAGUAAAAUGAUCAUAAAUCGACAUAGAACAUCCAAAACGUUAUUAAAGUUCGGCUAAAUAAGUUUUGAGGGAAUCUGUUAUAAAAAAUUAUCAUCACAAAUAUAAGAUGUAGCUUAUAAUAUGAAAUGUAAAUCCAAAAUUCAACAUUGUACUUUUCAGGUCAGGAUUAACUGUUGGUUAUAAUACCACAAUAACAGUUCAAAAACUUACUUCAUAAUCUGAAUUUUGUUUUGUGAAACUGUCAAAUUUGGAGAAAACCUAAGUUGUGUAAUAGUUUCUUUCAUGUUAUUAACUUAGCCAAUAUGUUUAUUUAUACAAAUACAUAACUUGUAUAGCAAAUUCUUUACAUAAUAUAAUAACAAAUCUAACUUAUACAUUAAUGCUGGCUUUCUUAAUAGUUACAUGAAAAUAUAUUUUAGGUGAUUUUGUAAUCCCCGAGAUCUCUUAAUAAAAACUCAAAUCUGAUUUUUAUUCUUCCGUAAUAAUAAGUCUACGUACCCUUUUGAUCAAACUGUUUCCCGCUUAGAUCAAACUCAGCUGUUUUGCGUCUUGUAAAACUAUGUACAAAACAACAUAGAUCUGAUCCAAUAAAAGAAAAAAAAGAUAAAUGAUAAAGAAAACAUAAAACUUUUCUGUAGAUCUACAGACUGCACUCAUUUGAUGAGUUCAUUCUCUUUGUACCCUUUUUAUUUUAUAUUUUAAAUUCGAGUUGAAGUUUGCUUCUUUGACUAACCAAUAGAAUCUAUAUCUCGCCAAGCUAAAGAAAGAACACAAUGUUGUUGCUUUUAAAUCAUUGCAAAGUAUCUCAACCGGGUCACCUUUACCUUUAUCCCUUUAUAUUUCACUUCUAACCUGAACAUUAGCUAGUUUUAUUCCCUGACUCCUUAAAAGCACCAAUCUUGACCAUUCAUAUCUCUCAUGCAUUGGCCACAAUCGUGACAAUGAUAAUGUUCAAAUGCAUAUAAAGUUUGUAACGACUAAAGUACGCGUGAAUGUUCAGUUUUAAAAUCGUUUGGUAGUAAAUAUUUAGUGUCUUUUUGAGUGAGCUUUCGAUAAGAGUUAUAAUAUUUUUCAAUAGUCUCAUGGUAACAAACCAGUUGAUUCACACUUUAUUAUAAUUUUAUUCAAAUUUCUAGACAUUUCAUCUAAGACUAAAUUGAAAAUGAGUGUUAUAAUAUGAUAUCGCUAUUAUCUGAAUACGGAAUACAAAAUGACGUUUUUGAAUGAUAUAACUUAAGCAUAAGAAUGAGAGCCUUUAUCACACAGGUUAUAAAUUAUAAUGCGUGUUAUACUUUAACAUAACCUAUUGCGGUGAACGUUAUCGCCAUAAGGACAUAUAUAAAAAGACACUGCAAAAAUGAGAGUAUUACACGUCGAGUUGGUGAAGCAAGCGAUGACGUGUGGAAGAAGGGGACUGAGAUAUUCGGCUUUGGAGAUAGAUGAUCGUGAUCGGAGAGAGACCAGAUCCUUAGAAGACCGUGACGUCCCCCAGUCACGUGGUCCUCUUUUGACUACAUUCUCUCUUUAACUGCAGAUUGAGCUUGUCAUUAUUAUUUCCUACUUUACCAUUUUAAUAAUUAAAUUAAAUAUCUUCUUUAAUUCAUUAUAACACUGUAGUUUGCUUAGCAGUGUUAACAACGUUUCGUCCGUGCAAAAAGUAUUGCUUAAGGUGAAAUAUAUAUUUAACCAUAAAUGUUUGUCCAAAACCAUAUCUUCGCGCUGCAGUUAUUAUAAUCUACUUAUUGAUUUAAUAGAAGCAUACAUGAAAGAAAAUGAAUGCGGAAUUGUUUAAGAGAUAUGAUAAAAUAACUUAAUGUAUUUGCUACAUUAGAUACUAAAGCGUUCUGUAGUUAAAAGUUAUGAUUUGUAUACGUGACUUCAUUUCUACUUAAGUUAGAUUUCUAAGUAUAAAAUUAUUAGCGUUGUUAUUUAGAUCACCAACCGGACAGUUUUAAUCCGAAAUAACGUAACUUGAACAAAAGGUCUCUCUUAGAACUGAACCAAAGACCCAACACUAUAUAAAAUACUCAUAAUUGUAACAUCUUUUUAGACAAAAAGAAAAGAAGCAAACCCAUCUAACUCUAGAGAAUAAACAAAAAAAGAAAGAAAAAAAAAACAAUAUGGAUUCAGUUAUACGUUACAUAUAUAACACCGGGACCAAGGUUUGCUCUAUUGUCGACUUAUACCCAAGCUCUAUAAAUACUCUCGCCUAUCUUCACUUCACACAGCAACGUGUAUUCCUUUGUUUUCUACCUGACUCCUCUUUCACCGUUUCCUUAUAACCACUACACAAAACAGACACACACUUCUCUUUGUAUCUCUCAAAAACAAGAGUUUCCUUCUAGUGUUUCGACGAUCAUAUACCUACAUAUAAUGAUGGGUUUCUCAAUGUUCUUCUCCGAAAACGAUGUUGUCCAUCACUCUUCGGCUUAUGCUUCUGUUGACUGCACUCUCUCUCUUGGAACUCCUUCAACUCGCCUCUGCAAUGACGACGAUGACCGUAGAUUCUCGUCUCACACUUCCAACAAUAUGUCCAACGCCUUAGGCUCAUGGGACUUCUUGCACGGUGGCAAGAAAGGCGGUGGUGGCGGCGGAAAUAACCUAUUGGCUCGCCGUUGCGCUAACUGUGACACCACUUCUACACCUCUUUGGAGAAACGGUCCAAGAGGUCCCAAGUCAUUGUGCAAUGCGUGUGGAAUCCGAUUCAAGAAGGAAGAGAGACGUGCGUCGACCGCCAGAAACUCGACUUCCGGCGGAGUAUCAACGGCAGCGGCUGGCGUUCCGGCCUCCGAUCAUCACGGAGUUACAAAUUAUUACUAUAAUAACAACAAUAAUAAUAACAAUCAUUAUGAUUCAUCGUCGCCUUGGAUUCACCACCAACAUCAAAAUACGCAAAGAGUUCCUUAUUACUCGCCAGCGAAUAACGAAUAUUUCUUUCGUUGAUGAUGUCAGAGACGAUAAUAAUGACCUCACGUCCGACCAGUUCUUGUCUUGGAGGCUUAACGUAGCCGACCGGGCCAGCCUUGUCCACGACUUUCCAAUGUGAUGAAUGAUCGUCACAUAGAUUUUUCCCAUUAAAUGUCUUAGCCUUGUAUACCACCUUAAUUCUAGCAACAACAACAAAAAGAAACCAUGGCCUUGGCCAAAGUAUUUAAUUUUUACUCUUUAUUUCACAUCUACUAAAUGUUUUGUUUGGUAUUUAUGUAAGUUUUCUAAAUUUUAAUUCCGUACGAA